AUGUUUAUCUUAACAAGUACUACAACAACAUCCUCAUUACUCGAAUAUUAUAGAACUCGUCGUACAUCGAUAAAUGAUGUCCUGACGAAUUCAAUAGAAAAUCGUUCUCAUUCAACUGUGCAUGACUUUUACAUGACAAAUUUUACAAAAACACAAAUUAAAGUCAUUGUGACUGUCGUGAUUGUCAUCGGCUUUAUUAUGUUAAUUAUUGUUAUAUUUCGAUUCAAUCGUUCGGCGAGUGAAGUAUUCAAGAGAUCUAUUUUGUCGAUGAUGUAUACUCAUUUGAGUGCAUGUUGCGAACAGGAUACACAGAAAAUACGGACUGAAAUCAUUCGACAGCGUAUUUCACAAUUUGGUGAGUCAAGUUCUCGACGUGGAAGUAUCGGAUAUUAUACAAGAAAAUACACGCGAGCGCCUAGUUAUCGUUUUGACGAACAAUUAAAUUCAUCGUCAACGAAAAAUCGAUCCAGUAUUCCCAUUUAUGAACAUCUGUUUCAACCAAAAACUGAUAUUACUGUCUCGUCAUUACCUAUCGAAUCAUCAACAGUAUCAACUACUGCACAAUCUCAUUAUGUCACAACAACUGAUUCUAAUCAUCAAAACGAAUCGUCUCCUGUAAAAUCCAGCGUACAAAAGUCAUUCUCUACUGUUGGUAUCAGUCGGUGUGAUGAUCAUACGCCACUAUUAACAUCGGAUCUUACAUCUACUAUCAAAGAUUCAUCGAACCGUGCUACUCGUAAAUAUUCGCUCAAUGCUUUUUCAUCAUUCAUACGUUCUUCAAACUCACAUCCGUUAUCUUCUUCAUCGACAACUUCAUUUACUGCCAACAGCAAGAUCGCCGGUGAUAACAAAAAAAAUCGUUAUAGUCUUGAUUUGACGACACCUCGUCAAAUUAAUCUUUCAUCUGUAUUUCGUCGGAAUUCAACUACGAAACAAUCGAAAGCAUUCUACUCAACAAUUGACCCGACAAAUACAAAGUCGCAAGCCUCACCAAAAACCAUUGUUCUUCCUGUUCAGUACGAUCAACCUUCUACGAGCACAGAUAAUUCGAACAGCGGUAGUCGAACAUCGCUAUCGAAAACUAAAUCAUCGAACUUCACAAAAGUUCAUCAGAAAAAAAAGUCAUCGACAGUUACACCAACCAGCACAAUAUCACCCUAUCGAAAAGAUUUCAUGCAAAAGAUCGAACGCUUUCGUUAUAUCGACGAUAGUGCAUCGAGUACAACAACAGUCACAUCUCCUGUUGAAAGUACUGAUCAUUUGAAUGGCCAUCAACCAUGCAAUCAUCUAAUUACAAGUGCUAUUGAACAGUUCGAUGAUUAUGUUCGAUCGAGAUAUUACAACAAUGACGAAAUCAAUUCUUAUAUCGAUCGUCUCAACUCGGAUAUCCUAACCAAUGGUUCAUACUCAGAUCUAAAUAUUCUCAAUAGUACCAAUAAUAAUCAUGUAACCAUGCCAAAUGCUCAAGUAAAUCAACAAGCUGUCUCAUUCAAGCCGGUGAAUCAUUUUUCAUCACAAUCAGAAACAAAUGACUAUCGUCAAGUAAUACGUAAUUCAACGCCGAUUUCAAUUCCAUCUCGACCUGUUCAACCGACCGAUAAUCCUCUCAUACGACCGACAACGAUAAUUACAAAUGGACAUUCACGUUCCAUGGAUUUUCAAUCAAUCACUGCUAAUAAUAAUCAUCACCUGAGGAAACAAGAACUCAUCCGACCGCAUACAUUGAACAAUCCAGCAACGAUCUAUGAAACAUCGUCAUCGUCUAUUGCUACACUAACAUCUGUCCGUAGUUCAACUAGUUUAGAAUUCGAUGAUGAUGCCAAACCGUCCGGUGUACUCGUUGAUGAUGAUUUUCUUCCGAUGUCAUCGCCUGUCGAUGAUCAUUUCUGGGAUAUGACAACCAUGUCGACAACAACGAAUCAUAAUCAUCAAUUUAAGCACAAUAAUAAAAACGAAUGCUUUCCUAAUGUUGGCUCAUCUCCCGAUGUCGAAGACAAACAUUUCGAUGUUGACCAAAUGAAGAAGUACUCUGCAACAACUGAUCAGCCAUUUUCGGAAACUUCAUGUGACGAUGAUGAUGACGACGAUGAUGAUGAUGAUCGCAGUGAUCAUCAACAGAAAUACUCCAUUCAAGAAUACAAAUUGAAAGAAUUACAAAAACCUAUUGUUAUUCAUCGAACACAAUUGAAUCCAUCUAGGCAUUCAUCAAAGCCUAUCAAUCACUCACAAGACGCGAUAUCCAUAUCAAUAAAUAGACUUUCACUGGAUUCAAAAAAUGAUGAGUCGUUGUUGGAAAAGUUCGCCACUGCAGAUAGUGAUCCUGUACAGAUGACGAUUCGUUCGCCGCCACUUCGUCCAUCUGUAAUCAAUGAUUUGACUUUAGCAUCUCAACAGUGUCCACAGACGAUUUUCGAAGAAGAUGAUACACAGGAGAGCUCCACAAACGAUAACAUAUCGGAUGAAAGUGCUGACAAUGGUGAAAUCGAUCUUGUACGCGAAUUUGAAUUAUCACAAAAACAAGAACAAAUUAAAUCUAAUAAUGCAAAUCUCUGGAGUACGAAUGAUCGAGAUAUAUUUAUUUUACAAGAAGACGAUCUUCUUUCUGCUAUGGUGACAACACCAACGCACACUCCGGCAAUCAUCAAUCGACCUUUACCACCAUCAAUUAUGAAAAUGACUCAGAAUAAAUCAACUGAUAGCAUUGAUGAACAACAAACUAACGCCAGCAAUUCAUUGAAACCGAAAGUACGCUUCAAUCUUGAUCCCCAAUAUGAACGCGAACGUGAAUGGAAUAAAGUUAACAAAUUACUAGGACCGAAUAUGGAAUGGACUGAUGAAUUUGAAGUCUAA